AGGAGUAAAAGAUCACUCUUCUUCUGUUUCUAGAGAAAGUGAAAAUGGAGAGAAUCAUCUUCAGACACGUAGUGAUCAUGUGGAUGAGAAUGGGAGUUUUACAGAGAGAGAAAGGCUCGGGAGAUAAAAGAGACUGAACUUGCAGAUCUCUUUCUCAAUCUCUUAUGGCCUUAUACCGGGAGAGGUAUCAAGGUUUUCUUAUGAAAUGACUGAAUUCAACUUUACAGCUUCAGCGACGGCUUUGUUUCUGAACAUGUAUAGUUAAGGAGGUGGAGGGAGAUAGAUCUACUUUUUCGGUUGCAUGUCAGCUGAGUAGGGUUCUGAGUUGGAGAAAACGGACCUGUUUGAUUCCUAAUUUCUGUCCGCGACUGGCUUGCUGCAGAAUUCCGGUGAAGAUUUGGGACUUUUGUUGUUUCCUUGAGCAUCCUCAAUCACACAUUGAUUGAAAUGGUGUUCAGAGAUGCUUUAAAUGGACAAAAGAAGAAAGUUGAAGGGUCAGAUUGGGAAUCACCAGCUAUGGCUGACCUGCUGCAUCAUAUAAUGUUUCAACUCGGCUCAUCCAUCAGUCAAGAUUUCAUAUUUCUUCAAGAAAAUUGGCAUCUAUUGGAAUCAUUUCUCUUGGCUAGAAAUAUUAGUUUGAAAGAAUUUGGAAAAGGUUUUCUUGAAAAGGAAAUUCAUAUUUCCAAUUUAUAUGCAAAGCUAAAUGAGGAUACGCAUGUCAUCAUGGCAUCAUCUGGUGAGAAUCAUGAUAGCCAACCAUCAGAUGACAGUCUCCUACCAGGCCUUCCUGAUGACACAGCAUUAGAUAUUUUCGCUUGGGGGAGCAGGUCAGAUUUCCCAAAUCUGGCCAGUUUGAAUAAAAAAUUCAAAUCAUUGGUUGAAAGUGGAUAUUUAUAUAAACUGAGGCGGCGGCUUGGAAUCAUAGAACAUUGGGUUUAUUUAGCCUGUAUUUUAAUGCCUUGGGAAGCUUUUGAUCCUGUAACACAGAGAUGGAUGAGAUUACCUAGGAUGCCAUGUGAUGAUUGUUUUACGUAUGCAGACAAGGAGUCCCUUGCAGUGGGAACUGAGCUACUUGUGUUUGGGCGGGAGUUGUCCGGAUUUGCUAUUUGGAUGUAUAGCUUGAUUACCCGUGAUUGGUCUAGAUGCCCUCUAAUGAAUUUGCCUCGCUGCCUGUUUGGUUCAAGUAGUCUUGGAGAGAUUGCUGUUGUUGCUGGUGGAACUGACAAGCAUGGCCAUGUUCUGAAGUCCGCUGAGCUUUACAAUGCUGAACUAGGUACUUGGCAAAUAUUGCCUGACAUGAAUUUGUCACGUAAACUUAGUUCAGGCUUCUUUAUGGAUGGUAAGUUUUAUGUCAUCGGGGGCAUGUCAAGCCAUACCAAUUGCUUGACUUGUGGGGAAGAAUAUAACAUAGAGACAAAGACAUGGAGGCGGAUAGAAAACAUGUAUCCUGAUUCCAGUGUGAGUACACAGUCUCCUCCGGCCAUGCGUUCUCCUCCAUUAGUUGCUGUUGUCAAUAAUCAGCUUUACUCUGCUGAUCAAGCAACAAACGAGGUAAAGAAGUAUGACAAGACUAAUAACUCCUGGAAUGUUGUGAAGAGGUUGCCAGUCAGAGCUGAUUCUUCCAAUGGCUGGGGACUGGCAUUCAAAGCAUGUGGCAACAGUUUGCUAGUGAUUGGAGGACAUAGAGGACCUGAAGGUGAAGUUAUUGUGCUCCAUUCAUGGAAUCCAGAUGAAGGCAACAACGAAGGAUCAGAUUGGAAUGUGCUUGCUGUUAGGGAACGGGCAGGUGCAUUUGUGUACAAUUGUGCAAUAAUGGGCUGUUAAUGCUUCACCUUUAUGUAUAGCAUUGCUCCAAACAAUUGACUUGUGAAGCUGAGAAGAACUUGCUUUCAGUAAACAUUUCAAGUAUACAGUGUUUGCUUUGCCAUUGAUCCUAUCUAUUAGUCAUAAGUAGUCUUGCAUUAACAAUGGGAGUUCAUACAGAAUUCUGACUGAAAUUUUAUUCUUGUUUCCUGUCUA